GCUCAAACGUCUUGAUGACAGAAUCAUUUGAUGGCUGCUAUUGUCUUCUUUUCUCUAACGGUACUUUAUGAGAAAAAUAUCAUAAUAUUUUGCUGGUGUCCCCGUUCUACUAAUGGCAUUAGAUCCAUUACAUCGAAUGUUGGUUGACUUACAAACAUAACUGUCAAAAGAGAUUUCUUUAUGCACAAGGAGACGAAAAUGAACGUCACAAAAGAGAGUGGAUGAAGACGACAGCCAAGAAACCAUCAGCUAACAGUGGAAGUCGUAAAGAGCCUGUAGAAAAAGUAUAACCCUGAUCAAGAUUGGAAGUAUUUUUGUAUUUAGUCAUGAUAAUAGGAUCCGUUUUUGUGAUGUGACCGAAAAAAUCUAUUUCACGGUUCUCAGAAACCAUUGAUCAGUGAACGAAAAUACAGAGACAAUGCUCUGUGCUGGAAAAUCUGGAGCGAAAUCGUUUCGUUAAUUUUUUUUCUUCCGUCGCUGAAAAGUGAAAAGUUGCUGUCUGGUGAUUUUUUUUUGUGUGUUUCUGGUCUUGGGUGGAGGGGAGUUGCACUAGAAUCUUGUUUUAGUUUUUUUUAUUAUUAUUUCGAGAGUGCAGUGUGAUCCGAUCCUUCCGGUGACCAGUUGGACGAUGUUCCAGAUCUUCAAGUGCCAUUGGAUGCACCACCAACCGAGUAAAUGUCCGCUGCUGCUGGGGAGUGUUAUGCUGCGACUUUCGCUAGCACUGGUGUUGGUUCAGUUCGGUAUGCUGGCGACGGCAGGAGGAAUCAACUCCGGGCUGGCCACCGGGAACCAAUCGUUCGGGGGGAAAUGUUCGGAGAUUCGGUGUAUGAACGGGGGCAGCUGCAAAAACGGAUCCUGCAUCUGUCCGGAUGGGUGGCAGGGUUCUGAGUGCCAGUUUUGCGGUGGCAAAGUUAGAUUGACUGAUCCAUCCGGAAGCAUCCACGACGGAUUGGGAAAUUACUCGAUCGGUGUCAAGUGUAGCUGGCUGAUCGAUGCCCGUGACCACAACAGCAUCGCGGAUAAAUUGUCACCGGUGGGUAGCGGAAAACCAUCGGUGAUCCGAUUGCAUUUGGAGGAAUUUGCAACCGAGUGCGGAUGGGACCAUCUGUACGUGUACGAUGGCGAUAGCGUUGAGUCACCGUUGCUGGCGGUUUUCAGUGGACUAAUGUAUCGGAAGAAUUUCAGUAUCCGAAAGGUGCCGGAGGUGUUCGCCCACAGCGGAUCGGCACUGUUGCAUUUCUUCAGUGACGAUGCGUACAAUAUGUCCGGGUUCAACAUCAGUUAUCAGGUGAACGCAUGCCCCACGGUGGAUACAAUGCUGAACUGUUCGGGUCACGGGGUGUGUAUUUACGGGGAGUGUAACUGCGAUGUGGGAUGGAGCGGACCGGCUUGUAGUGUUUCGCGUUGUCCAAACAAUUGCUCGUCGCAUUUGGGCAGAGGUGCUUGUAAUGUUAUUCAACAGCGGUGCAUCUGUGCCAAGGGGUACGAUGGAAACGAUUGUUCUCAGGUAAGAUCGUACGGUGUUUGGACGUCAAUCAAUUCGGAAGAUACGAUUGGAUUCGCACCACCAGGCAGUGCAUCGCACGGAGCAGCAGUAUUCAGGGAUACCUUCUACAUCAUUGCUGGGGAAAGUUACGGGAAAGCGAAGUCCCUCAUGUACAUGUACGAUUUUAAUGGUAAGGUUUGGGAAACGGCUCAUACGGACUCGAAGACAACACCGGACCUGCGGUACGGAGCUUCGACAGUAAUGUAUGGCGAUAAGAUUUUCCUGUACGGUGGAGUAGUCGAAGGCAAAGGUGUUUGCGGUGAGCUGUGGGCUUUUGACGUUAGUGCGAAAAUUUGGGAAAACAUCACGGUAAAGGCGGACCAGUGCAACGAAACGUACGCCAUUUGUGGACCUCUCAAGUCCGCCGGACAUACAGCGACGUUGAUAUCCAAUUUCGAAGUAGGAAAAAAGGGACACUCCCAAAGAAUGGUAGUCAUUUUUGGUCAUUCUCCUCAGUUCGGUUAUCUGAAUACGGUGCAGGAGUACAACUUCGGUACUCGAGAGUGGAAAAUUGUGAAAACAAAAGGUUACCCAGUGAAAGGUGGCUACGGGCACUCUGCAGCGUAUGAUCCGCUUAAGGAGCGAAUUUAUGUUUACGGUGGAAUCGUUUCCGAAAGUGAUAGCACUCAAUUGUUAAGUAAUAAAUUGUACAGCUACGAACCCCAUAGUCGAGUCUGGACCCUGGAAGCAGCAGCUCCGAGUGCCAGAUUUUUACACACUGCCACUUUCAUAAGUCCUGGUUUGAUGAUGGUCUUUGGAGGCAAUACCCACAACGACACUUCCCACAGUUUCGGUGCCAAGUGCUACAGCAAAGAUUUGAUGCUUUAUGACAUUCUGUGCGACUCGUGGCAUAUCCAGAGUAUGCCUCAAGAUCUGCGGGCAGAUUUGGCUCGUUUCGGACAUUCCGCUAUUCUGUUUGAAGAAUCCCUCUACAUCUACGGAGGAUUCGAUGGACAGAUGAUUAACGAUAUGCUCAAAUACACACCGGGUAACUGUAGAGCAAUGAACCGAUCGGACCAGUGUUUGAAUACUCGUCCGGGCUACAAAUGCAUCUGGGAUAUUCAGAAGAGCAAAUGCGUUCCCAUUCUGGAUGUCGACAAGGGAGCGUUGUUCAGCAGGGAUCAAAUCAAUUACGAGUUCUGUCCACAGGAGAGUAGAUUGGUUAUGACACGGCAAGCCUUACAGGACUACGAACUGUGCAAUCAGUUGAACAGCUGCCAGAGCUGCGUGUCUACUUCAUAUGGGUGCAUGUUUUGCGGCAUGGGCAGUGGCAAAGGGAUUUGUGCGAAAGAAAAGUGUCCGGAUGUGUCGUACACCUUAAGGGCCGACUUUUAUCCGACGCGUAAGCUGAAAGAUUGUCCGGAAAAUGACGAAAAAUUUUGCGAACAACUGCACGGAUGUCACGCUUGCUCGGCGUACAAGUUCUGCCAUUGGGAUUACGAACACAGCAAAUGCCAUUACGUGGGGAAUAAGACCGGUGGUAGUGAGAUUCUGAACGACGCGUUGCCAUGUCCACCGGCCUGCUCGGUGUUGACGACCUGUGGCAACUGCACCCAGGAGGAGUGCAUAUGGUGCCAGAACGAACAACGGUGUGUUGACAAAAAUGCUUACACGGCAAGCUUUCCCUACGGGCAGUGCCGCGAAUGGACAACUGGUUCUAACAAAUGCCGAGCUGCGAGUUCCGGCAAAAGUCAGUGCGGAUUCUAUAAGACCUGUGCCCAGUGUCGAGAUGAUCCCGCUUGCGGAUGGUGCGAUGAUGGUUCACUGACCGGCUUGGGUCGGUGUCUUCCAGGGGGAGACAGUGGAGCACACGAAGAAAUGGAAUGUCCAGCGACCCGGUGGCAUUUCACUCAUUGUCCCAGUUGCCAGUGCAACGGUCACAGCACUUGUCCGGAUUCGAAAACAUGCAAACAGCCAUGUAAAGAUCCUAUGAUUGGACAGAAUUGUGAAAAAUGUAAACCCGGUUUCUGGGGCAACCCCGUGAAUGGGGGUACCUGUCAGAAGUGUGACUGCAAUGGACAAGCACAGUACUGCCACAGUGAAACGGGUAAAUGUUUCUGCAGUACCAAGGGACUCGCUGGGGAUCACUGUGAGAAAUGCGACGCUACCAAUCACUAUCAUGGCGAUCCCAGUCGUGGUUCAUGCUACUACGAUCUCACCAUCGAUUACCAAUUCACGUUCAAUUUAUCGAAGAAAGAAGAUCGCCAUUUUACUCAAAUAAACUUCCGCAACUCUCCGAUCAAGUCGGAUAUUGAUGCUGAUUUCACCAUAACUUGCUCGGUAGCGUCGAAGAUGAACAUCACCAUUCGAACGGCGGGUGGUCCGGAAAAGCCUCUGUUUUCCGCUGUCAACUGUUCCACGUUUCGGUACCGGUUCUCGAAAGCCGAGCAUCAUUUUGGCAUCGAGGACAACGUCACGCUGACUACAUUCUAUGUGUACGUGUACGACUUCCAACCGCCCCUGUGGAUCCAGAUAGCGUUCUCGCAGUACCCGAAGCUAAAUCUACAGCAGUUCUUCAUAACAUUCUCAACAUGCUUCCUGCUCCUCUUACUGAUGGCGGCAAUCCUGUGGAAAAUUAAGCAACGGUACGACAUGUUCCGUCGACGGCAACGAUUGUUUGUCGAGAUGGAACAAAUGGCGUCGCGACCAUUUUCUCAGGUUCUGGUUGAGAUUGAAAGCAAAGAAUACAAUGAGCUAUCGCCGGCGGUAGAAAACAUCACCAGUGCUCCAAGAAAGCGGAAAAAGGAUUCUCCAAGCCCAAUAGCACUAGAACCUUGUGAGGGUAACAGAGCGGCGGUGCUCUCGCUUCUAGUCCGGCUACCGACAGGUGGCCUCCAACACGCUCCUCCAGGUCAAUCGGCAGGUCUUGCCGUAGCAAGUGCAUUAGUAACGUUAGGUAACCCGCGACGACCGUCGAUAGAACAUCCGAAGGAACCUAAGAGUAAACGUAAGCAAAGCCAACAUCCGGACAGUUGUAUAUAGAACCGGUAAGCAGGCCGAAUAUUAUACAAUACGGACAAACAAACAAAAAAAUGAGCGAGACAGAAAUCGAGCAUCAGAAGCAAACAACUAUUAAUUAUGAAAUUACCUAAACAAAUCAACAUUGUAAACAACUAUGAUGAUCACUAAUUACGGUAAAGUAAUGGACGGGACAGAUGAAGAGGAAGCCAGACGUACAGAGACAGUAGAGUUUGUAAGUUUAAAAAUGGUGUUAUUGUGGAUAGUCUAACGUAUUUUAGGAAGCGCUAUCGAUCUCUACGAGAGAGGAAAAUCAAACUGUGCAGAAAAGAAAGUUUCAAGUAAUUUAAUUUUACCCACUAACUGUUUGUGAAUAGUAGGAUAUAAAAAGGAGAAAAGUUCAGAAAAAAGCAAUUUUAUUGGCAGUCUUUUCUUUUUCGAGAGAAGACUGACAAAUUUAAUUGGGAAUGUCUUACGCAUUUUUUCCGUGUAGAAUUACAGUAAGUUCUCGAUUACAUGAAAUUUAAUCGACAGUCCCCGAUUAUUAUCUCUGACACUUAUCGUACUAUUGUUGCCUUCGUUUUGUUUCGGAAUUCUACAUCUCAAACGUCUUUCGGAUUUUCCGCGAGUAAGCAAACCAACGUUUAACUCUAUUCGAACCAAAUACGCUUUUUUGGCUUAUUUUGUAUCACUACUAAUAAUAUAAUUAAGUUGAGUUUUCUGUUCGACAUUUUACGUGUGUUCAAUCUACAAACCGAAAUAUAUAGAACUGAUGGUGAAACUUUUUUUCCUGCGUUUAUAUCACAAGCUAUAUAAAUUGUGCUUAGGUUUAACACUGCAUUUUCCUACCACGCGUAGUAGCGAAACUAAGGUUAGCCAUUUUGAUAAGCAGGUACAAAAUACUCAACGUUCCAUAAACCUAAAAAUUUAUUUCCGAACAUCAUAUUGAAGUCUCCAACCAAGCAAGAAAAUUACUCUUCCACGUACAGUUUAUGUUUCGGAAGCUUUUAAAAAGUUACACCGACAACUUUUCAAUUCAAACUCAAAUCUUCAAAAUAAGGAAUGUCCAAGGCCAACCUUAUCUGUCAGCAGAAAGAGAAACAUCGUUCUUGCAAACGUGGUUUUAGAUUUAAUUGUGAUUAAUUAUUAACCGGACUAAGUUUCCGAUAGACGUCGACUACUGAAUAACAAAUGGUUUUAAGGAAAUAUAUCCAAGGUAUGCUGUUGCGCUAAAGGACGAAGGAACGAGAUACGGUUGGCAAUGGAAUAGGAAAUUGAACUAAGGCAUCACAAUAUUAUUAUGAUUAUAGAUCUUUCAAUACAUUGAAAUAAACUUGAUCAGUGGUAAUGCAAUGAGAUAUACAUAGCUCGUAGGUAGCUCAUGAAUAAGAUAUGUCUGAAGUUAGGAUAAUGACGUUCAGACUCAUUUGUGGAUUCCGGGAAUCCGCAAAAGGUGUGUGAGUUUAGAUUGCAGGUAGAAUUUGUAAAAAAAAACAGGAAAAAAAACACACACACAGUGAGAAUAAAGUAUUUUAUGGCAUUUGUUGCAAUAAUAAAAACUGACGAAAUCAGCAAA